AAACUCAUGUUAAGCUUACAUCACUCUUCCCUCGAGAAGAAAACCUCUGUGUCUUUGUGAUUGAGUAGUCAAUAAAAUGUGUGCAGUGCAGAGAAGAGUCCCAUAUCAUAAAUUCAUAAUCAAAGCUCAGCCGCCCAGGCAUGUAAACAAUUAUAGAAAAUAAAAGAACAAAAUAAAAAAAAAUUAAUGAGAGAAAAAAAGAAAGAAAGGACAGAUUCAUGACCAAUUUAACCCCACCAUUUUCUCUCUUCAAUGCAGUGUGACCCCAUUUGGACAACCCUACAAGUACACCCAUCAAACAGGCAUCUUGGAGUCCACAACUGAAAAUGGAGAAGAUUUGGGUUCUGCUGGGUUUUUUCUUUUUGCAUAUAAUUCCAAUAAGAGCCUCUGCUUUUGGUGUAGGAGCUGGAAUUGGCGUUGGGAUUGGCAAUGCAGGUGGUGGUGGUGGAGGUGGUGUGUGGAUUGGUGGAGGAAUCAACACUAAUCCAAACCCAGCUGGGCCUUCUUCAGUUUCAAAGCUUGGUAAUGCUUACACUGCUCUUCAGGCGUGGAAAUCUGCUAUUACAGAUGACCCAUUGAGGGUUUUGGACACUUGGGUUGGCACUGAUGUCUGUGCUUACAGAGGAGUGUUUUGUGGUGUCAAUGGAGAUGAAAUUGGGGCACAAUCUGGAGCAGUUGUUGUAGGAAUAGAUCUGAACCAUGCGAAUCUACAAGGCGUUCUUGUCAAGGAACUCUCUUUGCUUACAGACAUGACUCUUCUUCAUCUCAAUAGCAACAGAUUUUCAGGCACAAUUCCCAACUCUUUCAAGGUCCUCUCAUCUCUAGAGGAACUAGACCUCAGUAACAACAUUUUUUCUGGUUCUUUCCCUACAGUCACUCUCUACAUUCCAAAUCUAGUUUACUUGGACCUCAGAUUCAAUUACUUCUCUGGAGCCAUACCUGAUGAUCUCUUCAACAAGAGGCUUGAUGCAAUCUUUCUCAACAACAACCAAUUUGAAGGCCAAAUCCCACAAAAUUUGGGGAAUUCACCUGCUUCUGUGAUUAAUUUUGCUAAUAACAAGUUCAGUGGGAGCAUCCCAAUUAGUAUGGGCUUUGGUAGUUCUAAAUUGAAGGAGAUUUUGUUUCUUAAUAACCAGUUGAGUGGUUGCAUACCUGAAGGAGUUGGGCUCUUCACAGAUAUGCAAGUUUUGGAUGUAAGCUACAAUACACUGACAGGUCAUUUGCCAGACACAAUUUCUUGUAUGGAACAGGUUGAGGUUCUGGAUUUGGGACACAACAAGCUAUCUGGGGUUCUGGAAGACCUGGUUUGUUCUCUGAAAAGCCUUAUGAAUCUGACUGUUUCCUACAAUUUCUUUUCUGGGUUUAGUCAGGAAUGUGCGGGGUUGUCUCUUAGGAAUGUGGGUUUUGAUUUCUCAGGGAAUUGCAUUCCUGGGAGGGGUAUGCAGAGACCCCAACCAGAGUGUACUGCCACACCAGGAGGUGGAUUGAGUUGCCUUAGAAUCCCUCCUGUUCAGCCUCUUGUUUGUGGGACAUUAGGAGAGUUGUUAGGGAAUAAUGAGAACCCCUGAAAGGAAAGGGAAAGAAACUCACCUGUGUUUUUUUGUAUUAUGUCUAUCUGUCCCAUUAAUUAAUACUAUUAAUCAUGAUUUAUAGCUUCA